UUUCUCGUUCGUGUGUGAAUUCGUGUGAUAGAUUUUUCGCUGAGCAAAAGGUCGUUCACGAAAUAAUUUUAUUCGUCAAAAAUAAAAUUAACUUUGCAUUGCAAAAUAGUGCUGUGAAAUUUAUUUCCAUUGGAAAAAAACAGUGAUAAGUUAUUAAUUUUGUUAAUUACAAUCAAAAAUUCAAUCGUUACAAGGUGAAUCGCUCUCCUAGAGUUAUAACAUAAUUUUUCUUUGAAGAACACGAUACAAAGAAAAAAAAAAAAAAAACAAACUAAAAUAAAAUAAAUAUCAGUACAAAUUUAGUUUUACGUCAGCAAGUAUAGCCGAACCUUAGCAAAAAGGUUUGAAUCCUUAAAAAAGGAGAUCGCUUGAUCUCAAAACCUUCUUCCAUCAUUGGUUAAAGCUGUUAAUUAAAUUUUAGUUUGGGAAAAAGUUAACUGAUCAUAAGUGUGAUAAAAAAAAUUAAGCAAAUAUGCUUAUAAACAACCCUGACGCUUUAAAAACUUGGCUUGUCGUAAUAUUGGAGCCGCUUUGUGAUGCUGAUUCAUCUGCACUAGCCCGUUAUGUUUUGGCUCUUCUUAAAAAGGAGAAGCCUAUUAAUGAUCUAAAAAACGUCAUGGUCGAGCAGUUAGAUGUUUUCUUAGCGGAAGAAACAAAACCAUUUGUCGAGCGUCUAUUUAAUGCAAUAACAUCAGAAGAAUAUCUUCCCACUAUGCCCACACCAGCCACUGAUAACGCGGCUGACAAUAAUAAUCCUGCCGCAGCCAUAAUUGGUACGGACAGAGAACUUACACCACCAUUAGAUGAUGUGAGUAAUGAUAGCCUGCCUGAUGACACGAUACUCAUACCCAGCACACUCUUAUUGCAGACUAAAACCAAAGAAUUAUUUAAUAAAAUUGAAGAAAGCAACAGUACUCCCAACAACUCAACGGCUGGUGGUGAAAUUGUCACAGAAGCUUUGACUACUACUGAACCUAUCACAACAGACACAUUGUCACCGUCUUCAUCAUCGGCGGUACCAAUUGCCCCACCACCACCACUAAUGGGUCCUACAAAGAGUGUUAGUCCGUUCAAAGCCACUUCAGAUAAGGAAAAUCAGCCUCGUGAAUCCCGCCGUCGAAGAGCGUCUUUGAGAUCUAGAUCUCGAUCACGAUCUAGGUCAAAUGAUCGAAUAUCGCGAAGAUCAAGAUCACGAGAUCGUCGACAAAAUGAACGAGAGAAAAAUACUAGGCAGUUUAGGAAUAAAUCUCCACCUCUUCAUGUUGACAGAAGGGAUAGAAGGGGUCCCGAUCGUCGCCGUGGACCACACAUGAACGAUGAGAGAUCUCCACGAGUUGGUUUUACCACAAAGAAUCGUACAAAAAGCCAUUCAGCAUCUCGCAGUAGAUCACCAUCAGUUGAAAGACGUAAGGGUGGAGGAGGAGGAGGAGUUUCGCCAUCGGGAGCCAUGAUCAAUCGGUCACCAGUAUAUAGUAAUGAAAACUCAAAGAGACAGCGUUGUCGUGAUUUUGAUGAAAAGGGCUAUUGCGUUCGUGGGGAAACAUGUCCAUGGGAUCAUGGCAUUAAUCCGGUCGUGUUUGAGGGAAUAAAUAAUUCUGCCUUGAUCAGUAUGUCGCUGAGAGAAUAUAACCCAGAUGCACCUGAUCUUUGGUCACGUGGAUCAUCUUCGGCUGUUGCACCUUCGGGUGGAAACGCUGGAAAUACCAGUGGCGGCGGUUCAGUUGGCAACCCAUUCAGCUCUGGUCCACGAAAUAAUUUCUCACACAAAGGUGGUAAUGGAGCCAUUUCAGGAGUUUAUCCUCGUGCUGGAGCUGGUGGAGCUGGAUUUCGCCCAUCAGCACCAAUUUUCCCUUUUCCUUUAAACGCUGCUGCUACCCCUCUUCAAAGAGAGUUGAUUCCAGUGCCAGUAGUUGAUGCAAAUGGCUCAGGAGGUGACAUUUCGGCUUCUCAAACAAAGCGUCGUUUUGAAUUGGAAGAUAGUGUUGCCAUAGCCGAGGGUCCCAGUAAGCGUAAACUUCCGCUAUCAAGUCGUCUAGGUCCACGUAUAACGAAUAUACAAAAUAACUGCUCUUUGGAGUUGCGCAAAGUACCACGAGGAAUGAAUACUAUUGCUCAUCUUAAUAAUCACUUCGCCAAGUUUGGAAAGAUAGUCAACAUUCAAAUUUCCUACGAUGACGAUCCAGAGGCUGCUAUUGUUACAUUCUCAACUCAUGCUGAGGCAAAUGUAGCUUAUCGUAGUACGGAAGCUGUCCUAAAUAAUCGAUUUAUCAAAGUAUUUUGGCAUAGUCAGCAGGAUGGUAUGGGCGGAAGUAGUGGUGGAAAUAGCCAAAUGACCAAUCUUAUGAAGGAUGAUGGUGUUGCUUCGGCUCCAGUUAAUGGUAGUGUACGGAAGAAUUCUCAGUAUCAUUUGAGUAAUAUACCAGCAGUUCCAACACCAGCUGCCGAUGCAGCAAAAACACCAGUGUCCAUGCCAACAACGACUCCAGCCACACCAACGCCCGCAACCACAACAGUUUCUAAUUCGCCGACAAUUGUAGCUGCUGCUCAUGUUCCACCACCUUCGCUUCGAGUCAAGAACAAUACUCCACGUGUAACGCCAGCCACAACUGCUAUCAUCCGCAAAAAGCAGGAGGAACAAGCUAAAGCAGUUGUACAGUUGGCAAAUGGAUUACGUAAGCGAAAGCACGAACUUCUUCAAGGUUAUGUUAAACAAAUGAAAUCGGCCGUUGAGCUUGUUGAACGAUGUGAACCGAACGAUCCACAGCGUAUCAAGACAGUAGAGACUAUAAAAAUUCUCCAAGCUACAAUCGACAAGUUGCGCAAGGAAAUUGCUACUGAACAAGAGCAAAUGGCUGCACAGAUUCAAAAUCAGCAGCCUCCUGUCAAGAAAACUAAGGAACAACAAAAGAAAGAAUUGCUCGAUAUUGAACUUGAACUAUUUGCCCAACAGCAAGAGGGCAAUGACACAACUGCCAUACAGAAGCGUUUGGAAGAUUUGCAACGCAGCUUAGGAAUUGGACCUGGUACAAAACCACAUUUUCCACUAAGCGGAGCAAGGUCUAAUAAACAUAUUCGCCCAACGUUGCCAGCAGCCGGUUCAACAAGUGUCGACAGAAGGCCAAAAUCAAUUGUCGUAACUGGCUUCGCGAGUGAAGACUGCGAUUCAAUAUUGGCACAUUUUAAGAGCUUUGGAGAGGUGAUGAAGCACGAUAUCGAAAAGUCUAUUCCACAGCUUAUUGCUACUUAUGCCACACGCUCUAACGCUGAACAAGCAGUUCUUCGCGGAAAAGUUUUUAAAGACAAACGGUUACAGAUUGCAUGGGCACCCACAGUUCAAAGUUCUACAUCACAUCAAGUAAACAAGUCAAUUUCGGAUAACAACAUCACCGAAGGAAAAUCAAUCGAUAAAAACGUUACCAGCAACAAUAAUGGCAACAGCGAUAUGGAGACCACUGACACUCUGCCUGAAUUACGCCUUGAAGAUGAAGAAGAAGACGAUGAGUCUGAAGAUCGUUCAUGGCGACGUUGAUAGCGCUACACCUUUAAAUAUGUAGACUCUAAGAACACCUUUGUAUCCAUAUUUAAAGCAAAGAUCAGUCGUUUAACUUCUUCGUGACUGUUAAAAAAUAUAUGUUUUACAAUAAUACAAAAAUAUUACAAACCUAUUAUAAUAAUAUAACUGCAAAGCGCUUUUAAAAUUAUAAAUAUAUAAAUAUAAACAAAAAAUAUAAAUAGUUGAAAAGAGAAACGAAAAAAAAGCGUGCUCAGCAAAAAAACACCUAGACUAUGAGAUAUAUUAAUUAUAUAAGAAAUAUAUUAUAAUGUAAAUUAAAACAUUUUUAGAUAAUAAUACUUAGAGAAAAUAAUUAAAAUAGUGUAUAUGAUAGCGUAUAUACAACAUAGAGUCUAAAGAGUAAUGCAAUUCUUUUUUUUAGAACAAAACAACAAAAAAGUAAGAAUAUUAGUAUUGCCGUAUGAAUUUCUAAUUGAAGCUCAGUUAUGAGUGUUUUUUUUUAAUUUUUUUUCCUUAUUUAAAUUUUAUUUAAUCUUCUGUUUUUAACUUUAAACAAAAAUAUUUGUUUUCGCAUCCAUAUUUAAUCGUGUUGACUUUUAAAUUUUUAUUUGCAGGAUUAAAACCAUAUUUGUAAUUAAUUAUAUAUUUUCAAUAGUUUAUUAAGAUAAUAUACAAUAUAUUACAUAAUAUUCUAAAGAAAAAAAUAAUAUGAACUUAAAAAUCAACAACAACCAUAAUAGAGAUACUAAAUAAUAAUGAAAUAAAAAAAAAACAAUACAGUGCAAGUUUUUCAUACAAAAAAUACUAUUCUCGAAAAAAAAGAAAAAAAAAAACAACUAAAAAAAGCAAAAAUUAAAAAAUCCAAAAUAAAGAAAAGUAAAUAAAAUUAUCAAAAAAAAUAAAAAAAAAGAGGAAAAAGAAGACAUACACUUAGGUGAAAAUAUAAAAGAAACUGAGUAGUUUACUCAAAUUUUUUUUCAAGCUAAA